AUGCGUCUCCGGGACCAUGGCUCGUUGGGGCCCUCCAUGUGCAGAAUCGCGCCUUAUGAGGCUCGCAUCAUGCCCGUCUCUGGACACAAGGAACUCGAUGCAGACGGAGGAACCACCAUGUCCAUUAGCGUAAUAUGCGGAACUGACAUGGAAUCCGCUCGUUCCACCGCCAUGAUCUAUCUACUGUACCCCGCAGCAGGACAGCAGCAAAACUACGUCGACGUAAAGAUCGUCUCAUGCAUGUCCAAGGAAAUACCAUCUCAUGUCUCUGUCGAUCAUGACACCUCAGCUCCUCCAGCAGAGCCGGAAACUUGUGGCGCCAUUGUAUGGAGACCAUCGUUCCUACAUCUCUUUAUGCAGCUUUUGAUCGAGUACCUUGUGCGACCCUGGUAUAUUGCGCGUGAGAUUCUCAUUCUGCUGGAGUAG